UUUCGUAGUAUUCUAUACGUUGAUCUCUCUCUCUCUCUCUCUCUCUGUGUCUGGUUUCUGGGCUUCUUCUCCAGCACUAGUUUGGUUUAGGCGUGGAGAUCGGAAGGAGAGAUGGAAAGCAAACAGUCGAAUGGAUUAGGGUCGGGAAGCGGAAGAACUGGUUCCUCCAGGAAGGGGAAGAAGGAGCGGUCAAAGCAACCCCAGAGAGGACUCGGGGUGGCUCAACUGGAGGAGAUCAGAUUACAAAGUCAAAUGGACGAAUACGUUUCUUCUCUUAACCCCCCAUUCUGCAGCAAUCUCAACAUGGAACACUCGAGAGUAGAAAUGGCACCUUCAUCAUCAUCUCCCUUGUCGCGGUCAGGAUCUUCAUCCUUUGCACUCCGUCCUAAUAUGAUGGUGAGAUUUGGAGAUGCUGAAGAGAGAGGCAUCAUUCAUUAUGGCGAGCAUUGGUCGAGAUCGCAAUUAGAUCAAAGGAGGAGUGUUUCUUCUCCCCACUGCUAUGUGCCACCAACUUUGACACUGUCCCUCUUCGAACACAACACUGAGGAGGAUUCGGCACAGAAGAGGAAUCAGCAUGAUCCAAGAUUAGGAUCGAUCGGUCAGAGUUCUGAUACCAAUGAUGCGCAAGAACUAGACUUGGAUCUUAAACUGUCACUCUGAAUGCUUGCAAGAUCCCUUGGUGUAUAUUCUGCACAUCUGCAUGUAUUAUUAGUCUCAGUUGCAUAAUAAUGCAUGAGAAAAUCUUGUUCUGACUCCAAUAUCCAAAGUGUGAUGCAUCGAUGCAUAGAUAUGAUCUAAGCUUGCUUUGUCAUUUGUUAAAGCUGACU